CAGGAUGAGAAACAGUCAGACACUGUUGAUGCACACCUUCCUUCUCAAAACACGCUCUGUUCACCAUGAUGGAUCAGCUAACGUUCAAGAGGGAGAACCUGCAGCGUCUACGUGAAGUGGAGAAUUCAUUCGGCCCCUCAGGGGCUCCUUUGUCCAAGCCCGGUCGGAUUCUGAGGGGAGAGGGUCGUCUGAUGAAGCGAGGUCGCAAGAAGUGGCAGCCGAAGGCCUUCUUCCUCUUCAAUGAUGUUCUGGUGUACGGCAGCUUCGUUCUGAACGGCCGCUGGCACAAAAAUCAGAAGAUCAUCCCUUUAGAGUCCGUCAAGCUGGAGGACAUGGAGGACAGUGAGGAGUUCAAGCACCAGUGGUUGAUCAGAACACCGUCCAAGUCCUUUUUUGUGUCCGCCGCUUCGCACGAGGAGAAGAAGGCCUGGAUGGAGCACAUCCGAGAAUGCCAGUCCGCUCUGCUGCUCUGUGGGAACCUCCAACCUGGCAAGAAAUUUGCCGUCACCUGGAUGCCGGAUCAGGCCGCCUGCAAGUGCAUGCGCUGCCUCAGGAGGUUCACCACCACCAACCGGCGACACCACUGCAGAAAGUGCGGCUUCAUCGUCUGCAACUCUUGCUCCAGGCAGCGGACGGUGAUCAGUCACAUCCACCCGACCAAACAGCUGAGAGUCUGCGCGCUGUGCCACUUGAGGAGUGAUGAUGAAGAAGAAGAAGAAGAAGUACAUGAUGUGUCUUGCCAGAGGGGAGACAGCACUGGAAACAGUAGCUCAGGGGAGGAGGAGGUCGCUUCAUCCAGUGAUGAAGAGGACGUUCAGGCCUGUCCUUCCAGCAGCUGGAUGAUUGCAGAGACAGGGACAUAUGUCUGUAUUCUACCAGGUCACCUGUAAAUACCUCAAGACUGUUACAGUCUCAUUUAACAAUAAGCUGUAUCAUAACAAAGAGAACUCUACUGGAUUGUGUUAUUUAAAGAAAGAUGAGAGUUAACACUCUGUACAUAGAAGAAGACACAAAUGACCUCUGGAUCUGAAUCAUUUUCAUUUCAUACCUGCUCUUAUGCUGCUACUUUAUCUGUAUUUAUUAUAUUUAUGAACAUUAAAGUGAGGAUAAUGAA